GGCGGCGGGAGUAAUGGCGGGCGGGGCGCGCGGGAAGCCUGCGUGCAGCAGUAGUCACCACACCACCGUCCGGCACCAUUAUUGCAGGAGCAGUGUUCCCGGGCGCGGCCACCUCGCAGGAGUGAGGCGGGGAGCGGCAGGAUGAAGAGGAGGCGCGAGGCCGGGGUCGGGGAGGGGCAGGGGAAGCGGGCGCGGUGUGGCGGGGUCGGGGAGGUAGAGGAGGAGGGCGGCCAUGGGGAACAAAGGAGUGGCGUCGUAACGGUCGUCGGGGCGGCGGCGGCGGCGGGGUUCAAACCGGCGGUCCCUGGCGGCCCCCACUCGCUCCCCGCCGCCCUCGCCCUCACCACCUACGGGAGCCGCCUCCGACGCCUCGCUCAACAAGUCCUGAUUUCAAAUGCAUCCAUUGGUGAACUCUUGGCACUUGCCUCGGCAAAGUUCCUGAUACCUCCAUCAAAUAGCAGCUGGGAUGAAGAGUGCGAAUUGAUUAUUACCGUCUUGUACAUGACAUUAUCUUUUCCAAAGCAGUGUAAUUUACUGCUAAUCAAAGGGGUUCUUGCUGAAUUUUACGAGAGAUGGUUUGAAGAUUUUGUGGAAUUCUCAAGUAUGUUGCCUAUGCUGAAAAGUGAACAGAAGUGCAGUGGAUUGUCAACAUUAUUUCUAUUGCAUGCCAACCUCCUUCCCACUGAAUGUGAUACUGCUGCACUGAAAGACAGUCUUGGUUGGACGAGUAAUUGGUUUAACAAAACUCCACCUGUGUGGUUGUUAAAUGCAUCAGCCUGUGGUGACGAUUUGGCAACAUUAAAUUCUCUACUGUUUGUAUCCGCAAUGAUGCUUAAAGGGGACGUUAAUGACAUGGAUUUUGAAGACAAUUAUAUUGGGGCAGCAAUGAAGUUUCUUCAUGCUGGGCAACUGUAUAAGAAUGGUGAUUUUGAGGAAAGCCUAAAGUGUUUGCAGAAUAUUCCGCUUCAUAAGUGUGGAUCAGACAUUCAAGGAUGGAUACUUUGGCUUAUGGGACUUGGACUUUCAAAAUUAGAGAAGCCUCAUACUGCAUUACUGAAACUCCAAGCUGCUGUUGAUAAAAGUGAAAUAUGCAUCCCUGCCAUCUUUAAUAUUGCUCAAGUUUUCAACACAUUGGAUCUAUACAGUGCUGAACUUGAAACACUGUCCUUGUUGUUUGCAAGCAGGGAAGUGAAGAGCAUGUGUUCUGCAGUGAAUCUACAGUCUUCCAUUUUGGCUCUGCACCACACACCGCCAGCAGACCUUCAUCUUCGAGCACUCUUCUUGCUGGCCAGCAGGUGUUUCCAGUUAAAGAUGUACACCGAUGCCAGGGAUAAGUUUAACACACUUUUGGAAAAGCUAGAGGCCCUACCUAGGAUAUCUGCUGCAUGUUCUAGGACAUUAUUGAGGCCAGAAGAUGAUAUACCUGAAUUGCCAGCUUAUGAGUGCAUAUUGAUCCUAGCUGCUGUUGCACAUAUGACCUGCAAUGAAUGUGAAAAUGCCUUAAGAAUCUUACCCAUGUUUGGAGAGUUAACUGACCUUGGAGAUUCCAAUUUCUACAAGAGCCCAAAUGAUGUAAAAAUUUCAUACAUCACAACAGCUGCUGGGUGUCUAGUCAGAGUUGAAGCUCUUUCCAAGAUAGGAGAAAACACAGAUGCUCUUAAGGAAUGCAUAAAGAUAGAACAGGCAUUGUCUUGGGUGAGUGGUAUCACUGAUACCAGGUGGGAUGUAAGCCUCUUGCAAAUAAAGACUCGACUCUACCAGACACUGUAUUCUGUACAUAGCUCUCAGCAGAAUCAGAAGAGUAAAGUCCACUACAAGCGUCUUACCGCUCAGUGUUUAAACCUCUUGAGGAGUGAGACUUCCUCUCCAGGAUGGCCAAAUGUGCCUAUGUCCAAGAAGCUUGUAAUGGACAAUAUUUAUUUUUAUAUGAAAGAAAAGUUAGAUUUUCAUUCUUUGUAGUGUUAUAUUAAUAAAGGCUAUAGUAAUAAA